CUCACCACCAUCACACAUACACAUUCACCUUUUUACAGAGAUGUAGAAAGUAUGAUAUAGAGAGAACACGCUUUAGAUGGAGAGAGAAAGACCUACAGCUAGAGAGAGAGUGCCGGAACGACGUCGUACCAACGUCUUAUGCCGCCACUGACUUCCGUCGGCCACCCUUCUGAACCACCUCCUACCACACACCCUUCUGAUCAUCCACCACCUCCAAAAGAGACAUAGAUUGAUUUGGAGUUUGAAAUGGGAGAAAGAUAGAUUUGGAAGACAUAGAGAGAUCCAAACCCGGCGACUCUCCGGUGACCUGCCCUGCACGUCCUUGCCUCUCACCCACAAAAUCCAUGUUGUAGAAACCGUCGGUGGUGUCGGUUUAGUCAGACGGUGGUUCUUGGCGGUUCAACGGUUUUUCGGUGGUUCCCUCCCGUUUCCGACAAAGAUGGUCAAACACGAAGCAUUAACGGCAUCCUACAUUGAAGGCUGGCGCACAAAUGUACAUAUUAUCAAACCUAGAAGGAUUUGGUUUUGCGCGCUGCAACGCACGCGGGGUAUAAAACUAGUUAAAAUAAAAUCAAACACAUCUAAGGGUGUACGGGGCGCAAUCGGGGAGUGGUGCGGUGAACGAUUUCCCCGAUCGGGAACACCGCCGCCAUCCCCGCGGGGUCCCGAAUCGGGGUUCAAUUUGGGUGGGCGGUUACCGCUUGAAUUUGCACAUCGUUCGAGGAAUAUGAUCGUUGAACGGUCGAAUUUUUUAUAAAAAAAAAAAAAAAAUCACUUUUUUUAAACUAAUAUAAAUACCCAACUCAUUUUCACCCUUUUUUUAUACACAACCCAUCUCAUUCUCACCCUUUUUUUAUACACAACCCAUCUCAUUCUCACCCUUUUUUUAUACACAACCCAUCUCAUUCUCUAUAUUUUUUUAAACUCUCCAACCACAACCAUUAUUUUUUAUACUAUCCAACCAAACCCCAUCCACUUUUUAUUUUUUAUACACCGAGCAAUGGAGAACCGACCCCGCGAGGCCAAGAAAAAAAAUAAGGGGCGGGUAUCGAAACCGUCUCGAGAUGGUUCGAGCGGUGCAAAUGCUCAACCACAACCCCCUUACGGAUACACUUCACAACCCCCGUUUUAUUUCCAACAACCUCCACACCCCUCGUUUUACAACACCCAACAACCCAAUUUCGGCUAUUUUCAAAAUUUGCUAUCAAUGGACGCUCCUCCUCAAUCCCCCGCCUUCGACCCAUAUUCUUAUCGUUCUCCACAAGUUCCUUCUACACGAGGAAAUGUCGAACGUCCUCUACCUAUUGACGAGGACGACGAGGACGAUGAGGUAGUGCCCGAAACUCAAAAUUUGGGCGACGACGACGAGGAAGAUGAAUAUAAUGUGGACGAAGAAGCGGGCAACGAAGAAGACGAGGCUCGAGAAAAAAAAGGGAAAACGGUGAGCGAAAAAUGGACAAAAAAACAAGAAGAGGCGUUGGCGAAGGCGUGGGUACAUUGUUCUACCAACAAAAAAAAGGGCAAUCAACAAAGUCGCGAAAGUUUUUGGGGUAAAAUUUUAGAGCACUAUAACAAAAGUGUCGGUGGAAGUAACCGGACCGUUCAUCAAGUACGGUCUAAAUGGAACCCGAUGCAUUCGAAAAUAAACUUUUUCAACGGCCUAUACCAACAAGCGGAUCGCACACGAGCAAGUGGAUGUCAAGAUCUCGACGUGAUGAAAGUCGCGUUAAAAGAAUUUAAAGAAAGAUUUCCAAGCGGUUUUCAACACCUCGAGGCGUGGGAGGUCGUUCGAAAACACGAGAAAUGGGCACAAGUCCCAUGGGCGAGGAAGGUGAAGGUUCGGCACAUAAAAGAAAGCCCUUUGACGUAGACUUUUCAAUCCCGGAUAUGAACGAAGAUCCCUCGCCACAAAGACCACAACGGCGAGACAAGCGUCAAGCUACAUCGUCCGAGGGAAGCUCGGCCGAGUUGGCGGCACAAUUCAAAGUGUACACCGCCAUGAAAGAAGCGAAGCAAGCGGUAGAAUUGGAGGCGAUCGAAU